UUGCUUUGACUGCAAUUUUGGAGUAAAAACGUGUUUCUCAACUUGACAUUGGCGAAAUCAUCGAUUAUUUCGAUGGGGCCAUAACCUUUAAAAGAAGAAGAAGAAAUAUGUGAAUUGUGAUAGACAAGCAGGUGUUAUUAAGGAAGGAAUUGUGUAUGGGUGAUCUUUAACUUUAAAACUUGGCUAAAAUAUAGACAGAAACAGCGCAUAUAAUAUAAAUAAUUAAGAAAAUGUCGUCAAUAGACUUUGAUCCAUCAAUAAAACUGUGCCUGAAGUAUCUGCACUCUAGCGCGCCGGACUCCACGGAGCAACUUCGGUUGACGCUCGACGACCUCAUCCGGCAGACUUAUGGCAAUUCCAAGACUCUUGGCCAAGUGUUGAAAAAGAAGUACCUUGCUGAGGAAAAGAUGGAGAGUAGGUCAAUCAAUAAAACUGAGAAAGCAACAACUAGUAAAACAGUGCCAAUACCACAGCAGAGUCCGCAGCAGAUUCAAAUACCAGAACAGGAGAAUGAUGAUGGAUCUGUGAUGGAUGGGGAGCUGGCGUUUGAUCUCUUGGAAGAGGACUUGACAUGUGCUGUAUGCAGGCAGAUUGCCGUGCAGGCUGGGAACCGUUUGGUUGAGUGUGAUGCUUGCCAUGCACUUUAUCAUCAGGAUUGCCACAAACCAGUGAUAAGUGAUAGCGACAUGGGGACCAUUUGGCAAUGUGCCUCCUGCCUUUCUUCCCAAGGAUUCGCGUCAGGUUACUCCAGUAAAGGGUCAUCUGCUUCAAAAUCCCCAUCUGGAGUCUCUGGGUCUACAACACCUGUAAAGAUAUCUUCCAGCAGUUCUGCAUCAUCAUCUCCAUCGAAAGUCGUCACUCCGAACAUUAAUAUCAUAUCUGCCGACAAAAGACUGCAGAUUAUGAAGAAAAAAGCUGCUAAACAACAUGAGAAAAAGAAGUCUAAAUAAUUUUAAGGUCUUGUCUUGUGAUAAUAAUAAAUUGUAUGUGGAAAUUUCUUUUCUGUUAUUUUCCCU